UCGUUGGUAUGCUAAGUACAGCGAGACCUUGAGAUGGGCAAGCUCGUCAUCGGUUGCAACGAUGCCAAGCGAUCUGCCUUGGUCAGGACGAUCACUCCUCAAUGCAUUCCAGGUACCUGCGCCGAAUCGGCAGCACGAUAAUGUCAGUCACUCUCGACCACGGCCCGAGUAAACCAUUAUCCAUCAAGUUGCAAUAUGAUUCUACCGGGCGAUGGCUGUGACUCCAGAAAGCUAUAUAAACCUGUCCGACGUGCUCCAAAUCUUCAGUCUACCACUCGCAUCACAAGCAUCCUUUGCCUCUAGCUCUGCAAUUCUCUCCGCUCCAACAUGCAGCUCAAGAACGUUCUCAACUUGGCCGUCCUCGGCAAUGCCCUUUUGGCCGCCGCCCACCCCGGUCACCAUGAGGAGCGUGAGGCCCUCCAGCAGCGCUCCUUCAAGCGCACCCUUGCCCGCGGUCUGGAAAAGUGCGAGGCCAACAUUGAGGCCAGCGGACUUCGCGCCCGCGCCGAAGCCCGUCGCCGUGCGAUGGUCGAUGUGCACCGCCGUCAGCUCCAGGCCCGUGGUGACACUACCGAGGUGCUGAACAAGUCGCACCUGUCGACCCGGCCCAUUUCCCCCAACACUCCCGAGACCGAGAUCUUCGACGAUGACAAGAAGGUCUGCCUCUUGGGCCCCAGUGCAGAGGGCGAAACCGGCCCCUACUGGAUUCCUGGCGAGCACAUCCGCGGCAACAUCCGCGAGAACGAGCCGGGUGUGCCCGUCAUCGUCGAGGAGCAGUUCAUCGACGUCGAAACCUGCGAGCCCAUCCGUGGUAUCUACACCGAGAUCUGGGGCUGCAACGCCACCGGUGUGUACUCCGGCCUGGUGGCUGACGGCAACGGCAACCCCAAGGAUCUGGCCAACCACCAGCGCACCUUCUUGCGUGGUGUCCAGCAGACCGACGAUGACGGUGUGGUGACCUUCGAAACCCUGUUCCCCGGCCACUAUGCCAACCGUACCACCCACUACCACAACAUUGUGCACUGGAACGCGACCCUGCUGCCCAACAACACUCUGGCGGGUGGCUCGAUCCCUCACAUCGGUCAGAUCUUCUGGGACCAGGACAUGAUUAGUGAGGUGGAGUCGACCUACCCGUACAACACCAACUCGAUCCCGAUCACGCUCAACGCAGAUGACCGGGUGGUCAACGUCGAGACCAACAAUGCCGAUACCGACCCGUUCCUCAACUACGUCUAUCUGGGCGACAACAUCGAGGAUGGUCUGUUUGCCUACCUCACGGUGGCGGUCAACACCUCGGCGAUCCACUAUCCUUACUGGACCAACGUGUACACUGCCACUGGUGGUGAGUCUGUCUGCGGUACCUGCGACGGUGACCCGGAUGCUGUUGACGGUGGUCUCCCCACGACUACUUCUGCUUAAGCUGAGAUAGAGAUUGAUGGUGGUUGAAUGCGUGCUGGAUAGUGGUGGGCAGAUAGAUGACGAAUAUGAUGGAUAUGAUUGGAUAUUGAUUCGUAGCCAAUGAUCGGUUAGCUCAUUCUAGAAUAAGUCAAUCUGAAUGGAGAAUCGACAUGCUUCCAUAUUUAGAUCCAGUGUCAAUUACCAAUAGGAAUGUAGAAUUUCAAAUCAGCGAUCCUUGCCCAGUCAGUACCUAACCAAUCCGUCUUCUCCGCUAAGAUCCCG